CACAAAGCUUUCACUUUUUUUUCACUCUGUUAGCCAAUAGCCACCCUCCAACCACCUAACCCCGGUGCUACUGUAAAAAAAGAAGAAAAAUCACAGUAAAAAUUUCCCCUUCUAAUCAUAUUUCGUUUUCUUCCUUAAACGUCAAAUUGCUUUCCGCCAAAGGAAAGAAAGUGACAGCCGGAAACUGGAUGUCAUUUUGUGUCUGUUUCCAAGCUCUUCAAGAGUUCAAAUACGAAACGAACUCUCUUCUUCUUCCUCCUGCCCAUAAUCACCCGCCGCCGCCGUCGGAGCUGACAACUCUGGAGAGAUAAACCAGAAAAAGGUUUCUUCUUUUCGUUAUUUUUGUCCGUAAUGGAGGCGCCGCUGCUCCAAUCCCGCGGUACAGAUCACGGCCGGAAAGAAGGAAAUGAUGACGACAACAAGAAAUUCAAUUCUUCCGUUCUCGGGGACUUCGGAAACGAGUCUCGUACGCUAUGGAAGAUCGCCGGCCCGGCCAUCUUCACCUCCAUUUCUCAGUACUCCCUCGGCGCCCUCACGCAGACGUUCACCGGCUUCGUCGGCGAGCUCGAGCUCGCCGCCGUCUCCGUGGAGAAUUCCGUCGUCGCCGGGCUCGCCUUUGGCGUCAUGCUGGGAAUGGGGAGCGCAUUGGAGACGCUAUGUGGGCAAGCCUACGGAGCAGGGCAGAUCAGGAUGCUGGGGAUUUACAUGCAGCGAUCAUGGGUUAUUCUUUUGACCACCGCUUGUUUGCUGGUUCCUGUUUACAUUUGGUCUCCUCCAAUCCUUACUUUCUUCGGAGAGACCUCUGAGAUAUCCAAUGCCGCAGGGGAAUUCGCGAUAUGGAUGCUGCCGCAGUUAUUCGCUUACGCAUUGAACUUCCCGAUCCAGAAGUUCCUGCAGGCGCAGAGCAAAGUGAUGGUGAUGGCCUGGAUCUCCGCGGUAGUUCUGGUCCUGCACACCUUCUUCAGCUGGCUGCUGAUUCUGAAGCUCGGCUGGGGACUGGUGGGUGCCGCGCUGGUGCUCAAUGCUUCCUGGUGCAUCAUAGUCGUAGCACAAUUGGGCUACAUUUUCAUCACUGGGUCCGACGGAGCCUGGAAUGGCUUCUCCUGGCUCGCGUUUUCGGACCUCUGGGGUUUCGUCAAGCUCUCUCUAGCCUCUGCAGUCAUGCUAUGCUUGGAGUUUUGGUACUUGAUGGUCUUGGUUGUAAUAACGGGCAGAUUGCCGAACCCUCUGAUCCCUGUGGAUGCCAUCUCAAUUUGCAUGAACCUGAACGGAUGGGACGCCAUGAUUGCAAUCGGAUUCAAUGCCGCGAUUAGCGUCAGGGUAUCGAACGAGCUGGGAGCAGGAAACGCUCGAGCAGCGAAAGUGUCUGUCGUAGUGGUAUCAGCUACGUCGGUCGCCAUAGGAGUGGUCUGUAUGAUCGUGGUCUUCGCGACGAGAGGUUCGUUCCCCGAGCUGUUCACCAGCAGCUCAGCGGUUGCUCAGGAGACGAGGAGGCUUGCUGGGCUGCUGGCGUUCACUGUGCUGCUCAACAGCCUUCAGCCUGUUUUAUCUGGUGUCGCUAUUGGAGCUGGAUGGCAAUCUCUGGUGGCUUACAUCAAUAUUGGAUGUUAUUACAUAGUUGGGUUGCCUGCUGGGAUUCUUCUGGGAUUCACGUUUGGUUUUGGAGUUGAGGGGAUAUGGACAGGAAUGAUUGCAGGGAUAGUUUUGCAGACCAUAAUUCUGGUGGUAAUCACUGCAAUAACUGAUUGGGAAUCUGAGGCUGCAUUAGCUGAGGGUCGGGUUAAGAAAUGGGGAGGAUCAUCAGGGCGUCACUAGGAAGAAGUUAAAAAUUGUUGCUUUCUGGUGUUUCUUCCUUUCUUUCACCCCUUGUUAUUGUUAUCAGUAAAUGAGCAAGUGUAUUAUAACUCAUGGGCAAGCAACCACAUUAAUCCUCUCAGUUCCAUCCAUUUUUGAACAUAGGUAUACAGAAAAAAGGGAAAAGAGAGAUGUUGUUCUUGAAGAAAUGAUUCAUGAAUGAUAAUGACAAUGAUGGGUUAAAUGUUCAGAUAAACUCGUAUGUUGUUGCGAGGGGGGUUGAAAAGAGAGAAAGAUAAAUUCGUGUGUACUUUAAAAUCCAUUGACGAAUGAGGGUGGCCAUCUAUUGACAUACACUUAGGAGCUAUUUGGCAUUAGAAAUGUUUGUAGGAUUUUAUUAGGGUGACUAUCCUCUUUAUAUUAUUUUUUGGCGUCGUCGAGAAUAAAGUAAAUAUAUUACA